GCCCUAAUAACUCUCCUAUCCUUAUUCUAUAACUUGUUUCAUCUCCCAACUGACAAGACCCAAAAUCCCAUAAAUACCCCUAUAUCUUCACACUAAUCAGCCCAUCUGUCACAAAAUUAGCAAGCCUAUUUUUGUCAAUUAGUCCAUUCACAAUUUCUGUACAUCAACUAAAGAUAAGCAAUGGAUAUAGGCAGAGCUAUUCUUUCUCCCCAUUCAUAAAAUUAUUGAAUUUUUUUUUUUUUUCCAUCUCAACGAAACCUCUAACAAACUCACCGGAAAAUGGAAUCCCCUCAAUGAAAUCCAACAUGUUUACUUCACUGGAAAAUCAAGAACUCGCCGGAAAAUCAAGAAUCCGGCAAACCAUUGAGUUCAUUUCUUCACUCAUAUCUCUUUCUUAUUCAAUCAAAGUUUUUCCUGUUAAAUGGCAAUCUAUAAGAAACAAGCUUGAAGAACUUCUUUCUAGUCUCUCUGCUAUUGAAAAUUGUGAUUCCACUGAGAAUUACUCUCCAUUAUUUAGCUCUCUUCAAGCCAUUACAGUUACCUUAAAAAACUGUCAUGAACUUUCUAGGCAUUGUGUUGAGUUUUCUUAUAGUGGGAAAUUACUCAUGCAGAGUGAUCUUGAUAUAGUUUCAACAAAAUUGGAGAAUCAUAGAAAGGGUAUUUCAGAGAUUUACUCUCUUGGUUUGCUUACUCAGAGCUAUGCUAUUAUUGUUCCAAAGCCAAGUCUUGGAGCUUCACGUGAUGAUAUAAAGUUUUAUAUAAGUGAUUUGUUGUCAAGGAUCAAGAUUGGUUCUUCAGAGAUGAAGAAACAAGCUUUGAUUGCUUUGAAUGAAGUUAUUCAAGAAGAUGAUACUAGGUAUGUUAAAGUUGCAAUUGAAAUUGAUGGUUUUGUUUCUUUGUUAGUGAGUUUUCUUGAUUUGCAAGAAGAUAAUCUUCAAGAAGAAGCAGCUAAGGCAUUAUCUGUAAUAGCAGGGUUUCAAUCAUUUAGAGGUGGUUUAAUUUUUGCUGGAAUAAUUGCCCCAUUGAUUAGAGUUUUGGAAUGUGGUAAUUGUUUAAGUAAAGAAUAUGCUUCCAGGUGCUUAAUGAAGGUUACAGAGAAUUCAGAUAAUGCAUGGUCAAUUUCAGCUCAUGGGGGAGUUACUGUUUUGUUGAAGAUCUGUACAGAGGUUGAAGAUAAUUUUUUGGUUGGUUCAGUUUGUGGGGUGUUGAAAAAUCUUGUUGGGGUUGAAGAGAUCAAGAGGUUUAUGAUUGAGGAAGGUGCAAUUUCAGUAUUUAUCAAGCUUGUUAGGUCUAAAGAUGAGGUUACACAAAUUAGUUCAAUUGAUUUUUUACAAACUAUGGCUACUGGGGACGAAUCAACUAGGCAGAUGAUCAUGAAAGAAGGGGGAAUAAGAGCGUUGGCUCGUGUUUUGGAUCCGAAAUCAUCGUCCUCAUCUAAAGCAAGGGAAAUGUCCUUAAGGGGGAUUGUUAAUUUGUGUUUCUCAUCAGUAAAUUCAGUGAACAUCCUGUUGAGUCAUGGAUUUUUGGAUCAUAUUUUGUAUUUUCUUCGACAUGGGGACAGUUCUCUUCAAGAAUUGGCCUUAAAGGCAGCAUUUUGGCUAUGUGGAACAUCAGAUGAAGCGAAGAAAUUAAUGGGGGAUGCUGGAUUUAUGGCAGAACUGGUGAAGUUUCUUGAUUCAAAGUCAUUUGAGGUUAGAGAAAUGGCAGCUGAAACAUUAUCAAGUAUGGUGAUAGUGCCAAGAAACCAAAAGAGAUUUGUACAGAAUGAUCAAAAUGUUGGUUUGCUGCUGCAAAUGCUUGAUCCUGAGCAGGCAAAUUUUGUUAACAAGAAGCUGUUGCUUUCUAUACUCAUGUCUUUGACAAGUUGCAAUUGUGCCAGAAAGAAAAUUGCAAAUUCUGAGUAUCUAAUAAACAUUGAGAAGCUAGCAGAGGCUGAAGUUUCAGAUGCAAAAAAGAUUGUCAGGAAAUUGUCCUCCAAUAGAUUCAAAAACAUUCUCAAUGGAAUCUGGCAUUCAUAAUCAAUGUAAUUCAGUUUUGUCUUAUGCUUAACUGUUUACCUUAACACUCUCAAUCCCCCAACCAUCACCAAAAAAAACAAAACCAAAGAACAACAAGUAGAUCUUAUGUAAUAUAAACCAAGAUAAAUGUACUUAAUUGUGGAAAAAGAGCUUUUAGAACAACCCUUUUUUAGCUUCUAGUCAUAUAAAGAGUCCCAAUAAAAAGGAUUAUAGAAAUCCUUUUUUUUUUUUUGAUCUUCUUUUUUUGUAUAUAUCAUUUUCUUUUGUGAUAUUAAUGUUUAUUGAGGAUCCACAUGGGUGAAGGCAUGAAUUUAGAGAUGGGCAUGUGAUGAGUAGCCAUCAGUGUUUUUGUCUUAGCCUUCCAAGGAGCCCAGAGUAGAGAGUGAUGGAUGAAUAUGCUCCCUCUGUAUUUUCUUGUCCUUUUCUUAUGCAUUCGUUUUAUAUUAA